AUGGCAAAGGCACGAGUGUGUCCUCUCAAGCCGAUAACGAUCCCAAGGUUAGAACUCCAGGCAGCCACUUGCUCAGUGAAGAUUGCCAACAUUCUAAUCGAUGAACUUGAAUACGAUUCCGCCACGCAAUAUUUCUGGACAGACUUGCAAGUCGUUCUAGGCUACAUACACAACGAGACCAAGCGUUUCCACAUGUAUGUUGCCAAUCGCGUCGAACGCAUCCGUCAGACUUCACGUCCAGAACAGUGGAAUUACGUAGCCAGCGCCGAAAAUCCUGCAGAUCAUGCAUCUCGUGGAUUGACGACAGAAGAAAUGCUGUCAUCAAACUGGCUUACAGGACCUUCGUUUCUCUGGGAGAACGAGAUUCCUCCUCAAGAAGUGACUGCUGAAGUAUCCCCAGAUGAUGUUGAAGUGAAAUCCGCCACUGUUCAUGCAACACAGGCAAAGGAUUUCACAUCUUUCGAAGCUAGACUGACUCGAUUCUCCAGCCUUCAGAACGCACUGACAGCAGUCGCAGUGAUAGUAAAGUGCCGUUACAGAAGAAAGGGAUUGAGCAUUGACGAAGUAGAAGCAAAGCAAGUAGCAGAGAGAAAUCUCAUCUGCGCAAUCCAGAAGGAAGCUUUUCGUGAAGAAAGAAAGCAAAUCAAGUCGGACUGCUCAAUCACGUCAAAGUCUAAUCCAUUGAGACAACUUGACCCGUUCCUUGAUGAUCACGAUCUGCUGCGGGUGGGAGGUCGGUUGAAGAAGGCUGAAAUGAUGUACGGUGCAAAACAUCCUGUCAUCCUACCGAAGGGAAGCCACCUCUCUAAACUCGUCGCCGUACACUACCAUGGAAGAACAGCACAUCAAGGAAGGAAUCUGACCAUAAAUGCCCUUCGCUCGAGUGGAUAUUGGAUCAAUGGUUGCAGACGUAUUGUCUCUUCCCUGAUCAGCAAGUGUAUCCACUGUAUCAGAUUCCGAGGCAAGCCAAGAGGACAAAAGCUAGCCAAUCUACCACAAGACAGACUAGAACCAUGUCCUUUCACCUACUGUGGACUAGAUUGCUUCGACCCCUUCACUAUCAAGGAAGGGAGAAAGGAGUUGAAGCGAUAUGGACUAAUUCUGACUUGCAUGUCAAUGAGGGCUAUACAUAUCGAAGUGUUGGACGACGUGUCCACUGAUGCAUUCCUCAAUGUUUCAUUGCAAUCCGGGGAAAUGUUCGCCACAUUCGGUGCGACCAAGGAUUGA